CAGCAACCCAUGGUUCAAUGCGACCACCGAUAACAAGGCCAUCAUAGACAAAAAAAACCCCCUGUUGCUAAUGACCACUGCAGAACACAUCAUCUGCCACACAUGCUGGGGUACACCGGCAUAAAUAUCUUGACUGGUCGUCCAACGCUACAUAUAUCUCUAUAUAUCAAUAUUUGCAGCUCAUAUCCCGCAUAUUUCGGCAUUAGCCAGCUGGGAUAACUACUACGACUGGAGGAAGCAGGUCUUCUUUCCUUUAUAUAGCAAGAGCGUCGCUGCCUAUGCAACGCUCGUCCUGAACUUUGUCGAGAUAGGCCCAGCAGGUUCGACUCGGAUAUAUACUCCAUGGCUUCUGUUGUUCGAGCUCUUGUCCGAAAUGCCCCGAAAGGUUAUUUUUCUAAUGGGAGCUCCCAGCGUGCAGAGCCUCCGUUGGGAUGAACAUGAGUUACUCCAUGCACCCAUUCACCCAUUCCAUGGCGCAAGUAUUGGCACCGAAGGAGCUGGAUCAUUUGACGAAGCCUACCCUGUGAAAUGGAGACUGCUGCAAGAACCACUAGCUCUGCCAGAAGCAUCCCCCGAUCAGGACGAACCUGACCCUACGCGAGGCGCGCGAUUCUUCACCAUCGACGAGCUGGCCACUCCUGGCGACAUAUCUACCACGACAUCGGACGACUCGACUCUGUCCAAGUUCUACAACCACUCGUUUGCCAUCCAUGAGACCUCGGAGAUUUCUGCGCCCGGUACCUCUAGAGACGACUCGAUGAGAGAGAGCGGCUUAUGGAUGGAUAGUACGAGUACUUCGAUCGCGCUUAGCUGGGACGAAGAAACCACCAAGCCUAGUCUUCCGAUGCAAGGAAAUAUCACCGAUCUACAGGAUGUUCCCAGCGCCGCAUACCUCAAUGGCAUCGUGCCUCAGACGAUGACCGUGAAUCUAAUCGUGGGGAUCAUUGCGAUUCGGCCGCCGCGGCGCAUCGUGACGCGACAAUGGAAACGAGAGCUGGACCUGGUUGAGGUGGUGGUGGGCGACAACACACGCAGCGGGUUUGGGGUUACGUUCUGGCUUCCUCGGACGGGUCGAGACGGCGGCGACGAGAACGAGCUCCGAGGCAGGCUGGCGACCCUGCGACCCCGGGACAUCGUUCUCUUGGGUACGGUCGGGCUGGGGGCGUUCCGCGAACGGGUGUACGGGCAGAGUCUGCGGAAUGGGAUCACGCGCGUGGAAUUGCUGCACCGGCAGCGGGUGGACGCAACGGACGCCGGGGGACUGUACAGCGCCAGGAAGCUGCGCGAGGCCAAGCCAGACGAUCUGCCGCUGGCGAAAGUGCGCGAAGUGCGCGAGUGGAUCCGGCAGUUUGUGGGCCCGGAAGCAGCAGGCGGUGGCACCAGGGGGCCAAAACAACGUGGGCCGAUGGAGGAUCCGGCGAAAAAUCCUCAUCCCACGAUUCUGCCUCCAGAUACGCCGUCGUAGCCUGCCCCGUUUAUAAUUAGAACAGACGACGCGGCCUGGGAUCCGAAUGAGAGACAUUUCCAAUAGAUUUGAACAUUCUCCAGGAGUGAAGCAUCCAUGGAUGGAGGACGUGCUCGGAUGCAACCGUAGGAAUCGGCGGAGUAGUUUAAAAUGCCCAAUGCAUCGGUCCUAGUACCUUACUCCGUACUCUGUAU